AAUAUUAAAAAAAUAUGAUCAUUAAUAGUAAAAAGGUGGUAUGUUGUCAUACUGGUGGUAUAACAAAAACAACUGUGAGCACUUUAUUUAAGCCAGCUAGCCAGGUGAGCAAAAUGGAGAGAGUUCAAUGUUCUUUUUGCAAUGACAUUAUGUCAAAAAGUGGAACUAGAAUGGCAAUGCAUAUUAAGAAAUGUAAAAAAUGUCCAGCUGAAGUGAAACACAAAUUUUUAAAUGAUGAGAUAGUAGUGCAAAAACAUCCCGUAAAAGAUAUAAUACAAAGCAAAAUAAUAAGCCAAUUUAAAAAUCUUAUUCCUAAUAAUAACUUUAAAAGUGUCACAAAUAUUGCUCCAACCUUAAAUUCAGAUGCGUUAAAACAUUCCGAACCAACUUCUAAAAGUGGAAAAUCCUGUUUAAUGUUUGAUAGUAUGAAACUAUGUGAAAAGGAAUCAAUUGAUGUACAUUUAUCCAGAGCAAUUUAUGCUAGUGGAUCACCUUUAAGUUUAGUAGAAAAUAGAUAUUGGAAAACCUUUUUAAAUAAUUUACGUCCAGCGUAUAAAAUCCCGACAAGAAAUGAAAUGUCAAAUAGGCUUUUGGACAAUGAAUAUAAUCGAAUUUCUGCCAAUGUUAAAGAGGUAGUAGCAACAGCAGAUUCGUUAGGAUUCAUGUGUGAUGGGUGGAGUAAUGUAAGAAAUGAAGCAGUUAUUAACUUUGUUUUGACACUGCCUUUAUCAGUGCCUGUUUUAUGGAAAUCACUUCCUUCAGGUAAAAUGUGCAUACAUUCCUCUGAUUAUAUAACUGAACACCAUUGUGUAAAUUAUUCUCGUUAAAGUAAUAAUUUUAAGGUUCAUCAAGACAUUCUGGGGAAUGUAUAGCUGAUUAAAUACGGAAAGUUUUAGAAGAAAUUAAUCCUAAAAAGGUUUAGGAAUAGUAACAGACAAUGCAGCAAACAUGAAAAAGGCAUGGAGAUUAAUAAAAGAGAGCUAUCCUUACCUUAAUUGCUAUAGAUAUAUAUCUCACAGUCUCAAUUUAUUUUUAAUGAUUUUAUGAAACUUCCUACUCUUUGCGUGUUAAUGUCACAAGCAACAGAUAUUGUAAAGGAAGUAAAAAAUUCUCACAUAUUAGGUGCAAUAUUUAGAGAAAUUCAAAAAUCAUCAGUGGAGUCAAGCAUUUCAUUAAAACUUCCUAUAAA